CUGCAGCUUCGCUGCGGGCGGAGGAGGUCUGGAAGGAGGGGGCGGGCAGGGAGAGGCUGGAGCCGGUGACGCCCCCUCCUCCCGCGCUGCGAGCGCCCAGACGACGGCGAGAUGACGGCCGGGAGCCCCGAAGAAUGCGGGGAGGUGCGGAGGAGCCCCGAGGGCCGCGUCUCUCGCUUGGGCCGCCGCCUGGGCCGCCGCCGGCGCCCGCGCUCCCCGCCCGAGCCUCUGCGGGUGCGGGCGCGGCUGCGGCUGCGCUCGCCGUCGGGAGCGUUCGCGGCGCUGGGGGCGCUCGUGGUACUGGUGGGUAUGGGCAUUGCAGUGGCCGGCUACUGGCCGCACCGGGCCGGGGCCCCAGGGUCCCGGGCCGCCAAUGCCAGCUCGCCCCAGAUGAGCGAGCUGCGACGCGAGGGUCGCGGCGGGGGCCGGGCUCACGGCCCGCACGAGCGGCUGCGGCUCCUCGGGCCGGUGAUCAUGGGCGUCGGCCUGUUCGUGUUCAUCUGCGCCAACACGCUGCUGUAUGAGAACCGAGACUUGGAGACGCGACGGCUCCGCCAGGGGGUGCUGCGGGCCCAGGCGCUCCGGCCCCCCGACGGCCCGGGCUGGGACUGCGCCCUCCUUCCCAGCCCCGGCCCUAGGAGUCCCCGAGCCGUAGGCUGCGCAGAGCCAGAAAUCUGGGACCCGUCCCCGCGUCGGGGUACUUCACCCGUCCCGUCAGUGCGGAGUCUGCGUUCAGAGCCCGCUAAUCCUCGCUUGGGGUUACCUGCCUUGCUCAACAGCUACCCGCUGAAGGGCCCCGGGCUGCCCCCACCCUGGGGUCCACGGACGCAGACUGGCCAUGUGAUCAUCACCGUGCAGCCGUCUGGCUCCUGCAUUGAACAUUCCAAGUCUCUGGAUCUGGGCCUUGGGGAGCUCCUCCUUGGGGCCCCAGCAGCUCGGGACUGUGCUCACCGAAGCUGGCCACGGCUGGACCGCCUCAGUCUUGGGGGCUAUGCCAAAUUGGGAGGAGGAGGGGACUUGGGGGCCCGGGUCUGAAAGAGGGGAGACAGCCUGCUCUGAGGCUGCAGCAUGGACCAUGCUAAUAGGACCAGAGGACCAGGAGUCCCAACGUCUAAUAGAUGUUUCAGUCACAUCCCAGGCUGGGGAUGGAUGCUCUGACCACAGCAGCUGUGAAGGGCAUCCUGACCUGCAUGCGGGCAGAGAAAUGCCAGCUGCACCAGGGCUCAGUGAGCUGGAGAGGGUGCGUUUCACUGUGGAGUGUGGAGGACUCGCCUCAGAAAUUUCUUCAGCCUCUGUAAGUGGCCUUAGCCUUAACGGGGCUGGAGGUCCAGGCCAGGGUGACUGGGAGAUGUACCCAGUGUCUUGGCAAACCCAAGAAAGUGGUGGGCAAGGGCCCCUAAGACUGGGAGGUAGGUUGGGAUGUUACAGGCUGGGGCAGGCUCCCUCCAAGGCGGCACUGGUGAUGGAGUGUGGGGCCUCUGGGAAGAUGGACCAUGGGAUGAGACUCUCCACUGCCAUCUGGGACGGGGACUGAGCCUUGAACUCCUACCACCUCAAUCCCUUUCUUCCCUCAGCCAUCUGGGGUAUAUCCCUCUAGAGCUACACUACUGCCAAUGCCUUCAUACUGAGUUCUGGGCCCCUCUGCAAAUAAGUCUGAGAAGCCCCUUCUCUCCUUCCUUUAUCGUGGCCUAUGCUGCAGAAUCUCACUGCAGCUGGCAAAAGGCAUUGGCCAGCUCUCAGAAAUCCCUUUACUCAACGUUGAAGCUGCAUUUUGGUCAAUGUGGGUAACUUACUUUAGAAAAUGACUUGAGUUUAGGUCUCCCCCACCCAUAUUUAAUUUUUCCCAAGUUGUUGGUAGAAGAGAAAUUUAAAAGUGGAUCAAUCCUCACAGAGAGAGUUCUUUUUGUUGUUGUUUAUUGAAAAAAAUGCAAUACAAGAAGCAAGACCAGAUAUCUAAACACUACAACCACUUCUACUACGAAAGGCCAAAACAGCAGACUUGAUUAUUGCCUGUGUAGUCUAAAGAUUCUGCCAAUCUGAUUCUGCUGCCCGAGUUCCUAUUUUUUCAAGAAAUGUAAACAACUACUUGAUAUGAUUCAUAAUUUUAAAAAAAUUUACAAAGCUCCUUCAUUUUUGUCACCAAAAUAAUACAUUUGAGAGAGAUUUGUAGAAACAACCAGCCUGGGGCUGAGAUCCUGGGCAGAAAUUUCCCGUGAGCAUCAAAAGGCGUCAGUUAGGCCGCAGCUCUGGCUCCAGUUCCCGAGGUUUGUCUCCUCACCCCCAGCUGCCAAGCAUCGCCCCAACACACACUGAUGGGCCCGGCGGUGGGGGGGGGGUGGGGACGGGGAUGGGUCACGGGGCCCUGACGGGUCCCGCAGUUAGGCUCCCUGAGCCCUCGGCUUAUAAAUACAGGUCUUGCUUUGUGGGUGGGUGCCAGAGUCCUCAUGUGGCUUGGAGGAAAUCUUUAUUUCUCAAAUUAAAAUAAAAUUGCAGCGAGAGUUGUUA